UAGAGGCUGCAACAGAUCACUCCAGGAGAGAGUAUCUGUUGCAGCAGCUAGACAAGUCUCUCACUGAUGAUCAGUGCUCCCAGGUCACCAAGCACAUGGUUGAGAUGAUCAUGUUGGAGCACAAGAUCACCAGCUCCCAGUUCACAAACUGGGAUGACCGUUUUGUGAGGCUAGAGCGUCGGGUUGACGAGCUGUCAGCUCAGCAGUCCAAGAUCCUGGACUCUAUCCAGGGUUUGUCUGCUCAGCUGGCAGCCGCCAAGCUGACUACUCCUCAGCUCCCUCUGCUGAAACCCAAAACCUCUCCUCCUCCUUCACCACCUCCUUCCCCUCCUUCAUCCCAUGGGGGAUCUGUACACUCUUCCCGGCCAUCUACUCCUUCCCAAAAGGCCUCAGCAAAGGCCACCUAUGCUGCUGUGAUUGCAGCAGACAAAGGUCCCAAGAUCCCUGCUCCCAACAAGUUUAGGGGCGAUGACCCCAAGACUGAUGUUGGGGACUGGGCUGCUGGGACCAGAGCCUACUUGAGGGGCUUUGUCUGUGCAGAACAGACCAAGGUGGCAACUGUUUUGGGGCUGCUGGAAGGGCCUGCACUGAAGUGGGCCACCUCAACUUCCAGCAGCCUGCAGCAGUCCGUGGAGGACUGGGCCUUUGGGUUAGGGGUAGACAAACUUCUGCAGGCCCUGGAGGACCGGUUUGCAGACAAGGAGCGGGCCCGCAAGGCUGCUGACAGGAUUGCUCGCCUGGGACAGCAGCGGUACAGCGGCACCCUACAGGCCUUGUUUGCUGAGUUCGAGCAGCUCACCUCCACCCCUGGGCUGGUCAUGGCACCGGAUGAUAUGUUGACCAGCUUUUGCAGGGCAGCGCCUGAGAAGUUCGUUGUUGCACUUUACAGCGCUGGAUACAAGGACUGGAGGUCCUUCGGUCGUGCAGCCCUGGAAAUGGAGGCCAAGCUCCAUGUCCAGGCCCCAACCUCUGACAGGAGGAAGGGUGCCUUCCCUGGAGGCAACAGAAGGGGAAAGGCAACCCUUACUCAUGUGGGAUCUGCCUCAGGAUCAGAUACCGAUUCUCAGCCUGACGUGCCUUCAGGAGGGAUCGGAUCUGCUGCUGAGACAGAUGUUGCAGCAGUGGUGACUCAGGCUGUGUUGGGAGCUCUGCAGUCGCAGAGAAAGUUUUCUACCCCCACAGCCUCAGCCACUACCAAGGGGAAGGAUAAGGGACUUCCCUCCAGUGAUGCAUCUUCAUCUAUUCAGAUAGGUGAAUCUGCAGCUGUUUCAGUUGAGACUGUUUGUGAUGAUGUGUGUUUGGGAACUGCGCGGGCAGAAUCCUUCUGCUAUGAGGAUCCUGACCCGGAUCAGGACCCGGGGCAGGAUGAGCUUCAGUCCAUUGCUGCCUUCUUCUUCCACUUGAAAGAGCAGAAGAAGAAGGGCCUGUCUGAACUCAUCAUGCUUCGGCCACUGAUUAACCGCACCAAGAUCACUGGGCUUUUGGACUGUGGAGCCACCCGGAACUUCAUAUCUCCCAGUGCAGUAAAAAAAUUGCAUCUGGGUAUGAAAGUUCAGCAGCUGCAGCAGCCGCUGCAAGUGCGGAUUGGUGACUCUACAGUGAUCAGCAUCAUGGAGAAGGUCAAGGGCAUCCCUGUGACCUUCGAUACUGCAGGAAAAGUCAGACACAGUCUGAACUUUUAUAUCUUCCCUGAGCUUCCCUUUGACUUGGUGUUCUCCAUGCAGUGGUUGAGGGCAGUCAACCCUAGGAUCAACUGGCAGAUUCCUAGAGUUGAGCUACCAGACCGCCAGGGGGUGUAUCAGCAAUGCAUGAUUGUUGUUGAUCACCACCCUAAGACCUCCUGCUACUGCUUGAGAGCGAGGGAGUUCCAUGGUCUCUCUCGCCAGUACCACCAUGAGCGUCUGUUUAUUGCUCUGGUCAAGCAAACAGAUGCUCCCCCUGUUUCCUGUCCUCCUGAGAUACAGCAGGUGGUAGAUCAGUAUGYUGAUCUGAUGCAGGAGCCCUUUGGACUUCCCAACCGGCCAACCAAGCAUCACAUCGAGCUGCUGCCUGGAGCGGUUCCUCCCAAGGGCCGCAUCUACAGGAUGUCCCCUGCUGAGCUUGAGGAKCUCAGAAAGCAGCUUGASACCCUGACCAGCAAAGGCUGGAUCAGACCCAGCACAUCUGAAUUCGSUGCACCUSUUCUCUUUGUACCCAAAGGGAAYGGCGAGUUCAGGAUGUGCAUUKACUACAGGGGUCUCAACAAGAUCACYAGGAAGAGUACUGAGCCACUYCCUAGGWUCGAYGACCUCCUGGRYAUGGUGCAGGGCUGCACAGUGUUCAGCAAAGUCGACCUCAAAUCUGGCUAUCACCAGAUUGAGAUGGUAGAGGAGGAUGUCUACAAGACAGCCUUCAAGACCAGGUAUGGGACAUACGAGUUCCUGGUCAUGCCAUUUGGACUUUGCAAUGCCCCAGACACAUUCCAGACUGAGAUGCACCGCAUCUUCAGGUCUUACCUGGACAAGUUUAUGGUUGUCUACCUGGAUGAUAUCCUGGUAUUCAGCAAAACUGUCAGGGAACAUAUGGAGCACUUGGCUCUAGUCCUUCAGUUGUUACGUGACAACCAGUACAAGAUCAACAGAGAGAAGUCCUCUUUUGGAGUUCCCUCUGUCAUCUACCUGGGUCACGUAAUCUCUGGAGAUGGCCUGGCUCCUAAAGCAGCCAAGAUUGCUGCCAUUCAGGAGUGGCCUCAGCCUCAGACAGUGAGGGAUGUCCGGUCCUUCAUGGGUUUGGCCUCCUACUACAGAAAGUUUGUCAGGAACUUUUUUGCAGUGGCUGCACCCCUGACUAACCUAACAAAGAAAGACACUCCCUUUCUUUGGUCCCUCCACUGUCAGCUGGCCUUCACACGACUCAAGAAGGCCUUGACUCGUGCGCUUGUACUGAAGUUACUUGACCCCACUCUGCCAUUCAUCCUGACUACUGACGCCAGUCAGUAUGGCAUUGGGGCAGUACUUCAGCAGGAUGAUGGGAAUGGUCUACGGCCUGUAGAGUUUAUGAGUAAGAAGAUCAAGACUCAAAAGCUCCAGGACUCUACCUACGAGAAAGAGUUGUAUGCUCUUGUCUGUGCCCUGAAACAUUGGAAGCACUUUCUCCCGGGCAGGCACUUCAAGAUCUUUUCAGAUCACUCCACCCUGCAGUGGAUGAAGUCCCAGGGAGAGUUGAACGAUAAACUGGCACGGUACAUUCAGUUCAUCGACAUGUUCGACUUUGAACUGAAACAUAAGAAGGGCUGCUACAAUAAGGUAGCAAAUGCCCUCUCUCGUAGGCCUGACUCUUUUGCUUUGAUCUCCUCUACUCACUCCUUUGGAGAGGAGACCCAUCAGACCAUUGCUCAUCUACUGCCUCAGGACGAGACUUUCGGACCCAUCGUCAGGAAUCUGUAAGCAGAUCCUAACUCUGAACCAGGCUAUGCUAUGAGUUCAGACCUACUGUACACCUAUA